AACGACACGUCGACAACUAAACUACGCAUGCGUUAAGACCAUCCAAGAUGGCGGCCAGCAUGAGAUCAAGACAAAUCGAGGCCUUAAAGCGCAUGUUGAAUUUGAAUCAACCUGUGAGCAAGUCUGUUGCAGCAGAGCCAGCAUGGAAGGUGCUUGUAUAUGACAGAUAUGGACAGGACAUUAUCUCACCAUUAUUAACAGUAAAGGAUUUGCGGGACAUGGGUGUCACUCUACAUCUGUUGCUACACACAGACAGAGAUCCCAUACCAGAGGUCCCAGCUGUGUAUUUUGUUAUGCCGUCUGAAGAGAAUGUCAAACAAAUAUGUCAGGACUGUAGAAAUCAGCUGUAUGAGUCAUACUACCUCAAUUUUAUCACUGCUAUAACAAGACAAAGACUUGAAGAAGUAGCAACGGUGGCAGUCCAAACAAACUGUGUUACACAAAUAUCAAAGGUUUAUGAUCAAUACUUGAAUUUUAUUUCACUGGAGGAUGAGAUGUUCACUACAAGGUUUCAAGACAGAGACUCUCUAUCCUAUUAUGCCAUUAACAGACCAGAUGCUAAAGACACAGACAUAGAAAACCUUAGAGAUUCUAUUGUGGACAGCUUAUUUUGUCUGCUAGCUUCACUAGGUACGGUUCCAAUUAUCCGAUGUCCUAAGGGCAAUGCAGCUGAGAUGGUAGCCGAG